AUGGAUAGAUAUCUUGUUCAUUCGACUGCUCCUACGGGAAACACUGCUGAGCAUGUAGCCCAUGCUCAACCCGCUCAACUAGCUGGCUCCAAACGAAAGUCCACCGACGCACCACCUACCAUCCAUCUCGAUGACUUCGACGUGUCUGAAGGCCAGGUCAUGGACUCUUGUACCGUAGUCCGUGGCAAAAUAAAGCGCUUUCUUGAUUCAGGCGAGAUGAGAAUUGGGCAAUUCUGCGAUGCCAUUGGGGUCUCUCAAAAUGCGUACAGAAGAUUCAUGGCGGAGAAGGGUCAGUAUGGUGGCAUGGGGUGUGAUACUUAUCAGGGUGCCUGGGAGUUUUUCAGAAAGAGAGAGAUGGCUGGAUUGAAGAUUCCUACCAAGAAGCAAAAGACUGCUGCUGCCGCGAAAGCUGGUGCUUCUGCUGCUUCUGCCAAAUCUUCGACGAUGAUCGGGAAGAAGGAUGCUGUCACUGAUAUCAGUUCUGUUCAUCUUGAGGGAGAAGAUGACGAUUCGGUUGAAGUCUACGACAGCUGCGACGAGAUCCGCAAAAAGAUCAAUGCCUAUCUUCGCAAACCUGGUGUCACAGCCGCUCAACUCUGCCGCGACCUACGCGAUCAAUACCAUAGCGAGAAAAAGCCAUCUCAGAUCCAAUCGGGCCAGCUGACCAAAUUCCGUAGCUACAAAGGUGCUGAUACUGGAAACACUUCUUGCGUCUUUUAUGCGGCGUACGUCUUUUUCGAGAAGAUGAGGAUUGCAGAGGGAAAACCAAUGAGCAAGCACAGGCAAGAAAUGGAAAGCAUCUGGGGUGAUAGCGGUGGCUUCAACAUCACGAGAGGACAUCAUAGAGGGUACCUAUGUCUCGGUGAUGAGAAACCUGUGCAAGAUCAGUUUGGUCGGAUCAGAAUGGUCUGA